AUGGCUUCAGAAGAGGAGAGCACCGAUGUCUCCGAGGUGACGCAAACAGAGACGAGAGCGGCCGUGUCGCGACUCCGGGCUAAGAACACAGCGCCCGGACCCGACGGAGUUCCUGGUCGAGCUCUCGUCCUGGCUCUGAAGAAGCUAGAGCCCCAGCUGAGAGGGCUCUUCACGGCAUGUCUCGAGCAGGGUCAGUUUCCCAGUGUGUGGAAGGAGGGGAGGCUGGUCCUGUUCAGGAAGGAGGGGCGCCCCGCGGACUCACCGUCCGCGUACCGGCCCAUAGUACUGCUUGACGAGGCGGGCAAACUUCUUGAGCGCAUCAUCGCAGAUCGCCUCGUCAGCCACUUGUGCAGAGAGGGGCCGGACCUGGACGAGAACCAGUUUGGUUUUCGUCGCGGGCGCUCCACCAUAGACGCUAUUACGCGCGUGAGGGCCCUGGCGGAGGAGACAGUAUCCCGGGGUGGGGUGGUGCUGGCGGUGUCCUUAGACAUCUCCAACGCCUUCAACACCCUACCCUGGAGUUGUAUUCGGGAGGCGCUGUAUUACCAUCGCGUGCCUCCCUACCUCCGCCGCACAAUAGGGGCUUACCUUGAGGAGAGAUGCGUUACCUAUUGGGGACGUGACGGCGCUGGUCGGCGCGUCAUGUCGUGCGGUGUUCCGCAGGGAUCGGUCUUGGGACCGCUCCUGUGGAACAUCGGCUACGACUGGGUGCUGAGAGGUGAACUCCCGUCGGGCGCCGACUUGACGUGUUAUGCGGACGACACGCUCGUCACUGUCCGGGGGAGUUCACACAGGGAAGCAGCGUUGGUUGCCACGGCUGCGGUGUCACAAGUGGUGAACCGCAUCCGGCGCCUGGGCCUGGAGGUGGCCCUAAAUAAGUCGGAGGCCAUGGUGUUCCAUGGCCCUCGACGCGCGCCGCCGCCGGGUUCACACAUCGUGGUCAGCGGGGCCCGGAUAGCUGUCGAGUCCACCAUGAAGUAUCUGGGAUUGGUGCUCGACAGCCGAUGGGAAUUCGGACCCCACUUCCGGCGGCUGGCGCCCAAGCUGAUGGCGGUGUUAGUAUAUUCAGUAGUUCAGUACCCUAUUUCUUCCUGUGAGUGUCAUUAG